AUGCCUGUUACCAAGUUUUCGACGCCUGAGAAGUAUGAGUACCUCAAUGGCUUUGAUUCGUUCCACGAAUCUGAGUCUAUCAAGGGAGCGCUGCCUAUAGGCGCAAACUCACCCCAAAAGCCUCCUUAUGGCCUGUACGCAGAGAAGCUCUCUGGUACAGCAUUUACAGCUCCUAGGCAUGAGAACCGCCAAACAUGGCUGUACCGCAUCCUCCCCUCUGCCUCACAUUCAAGGUACAAACGCUUCAGUGAUCCUUCAUCCCCGAUUCUUAAAGCAAAAUUGAACUAUGAGCCCCAGCAACUACGCUGGGACCCCUUCGACAUUGAUGAAAACGUCGAUUGGGUUCGUGGUCUAAAGCUCGUCUCCGGCGCAGGCGAUCCCACUGUUAAGUCCGGUCUUGGAAUCUACGUCUUCGCUGCGGGAAGGGACAUGGACGCCAACACAGCGAUGUACUCGUCUGACGGAGAGAUGCUCAUCGUUGCGCAGCAUGGAGUUUUGGAUAUCCAGACCGAACUGGGACGAUUGCUCGUGAGACCGAAUGAGAUUGCUAUUAUUCCUAGGGGAGUGAGAUAUAGGAUCACGCUACCUGAGGGACCGGUGAGAGGGUAUAUUCUCGAGCUGUAUCAGGGACACUUUCAACUGCCAGAGCUGGGACCUAUUGGAUCGAACUGUCUGGCGAACCCGAGAGACUUUCAGAUCCCUGUCGCGGAUUUUGAUGAGGAUACGAAGAUCUACCCAUAUAAAUACGACCUAGGCCGUUUCUCCGUCAUCGGCAGCACAUCCUUCGAUCACCCCGACCCCUCCAUCUUCACCGUCCUCACCGGCCCAUCUGACCAUCCCGGCACCGCCAUCGCCGACUUUGUAAUCUUCCCUCCGCGCUGGCUCGUGCAAGAAGACACAUUCCGCCCGCCGUGGUACCACCGCAACACUAUGUCCGAGUUCAUGGGAUUAAUCUGCGGACAGUACGAUGCCAAGACCGGCGGUGGUUUCCAGCCAGCAGGUGCUAGUCUGCACAACAUCAUGACUGCACAUGGGCCGGAUGCUGAUUCUUAUGAGAGGGCGAGUAAUGCGGAGUUGAAGCCUGUCAAGGUUGGAGAGGGGAGCAUGGCGUUUAUGUUUGAGAGUAGUUUGAUGUUGGGGAUUACGGAUUGGGGGUUGGAGACUUGUAAGAAGGUGCAGCCUGAUUAUAAUAAGCAUAGUUGGGAGGAGUUGAAGGUCCACUUUAAGAGGCCGUCUUAG